ACCAUUCAUGAGAGGAGCACGCGUACACACAGGAGUCCAAAUAUUUACGCAGGCUGCGUGCAUCACGAAGGCUCACGUGACAUCACAAGAGCCGCACAAGAGAGUGAGUCAAGUUCCAACUAAUGACAUCAUAAAGAUGGCCACGCCUCCUCGGAUUUCUGAUUCUUAUAUUAGUGUGGACCUCAAUGGCUCACAUCAUCAUUGCGGGCUUCAUGAGAAGCACCUUAAGGGGACACAAAUGAACAAUCGGCAUUUGAGCGUGAAGGAGGAUGACCUCUAUUCAGGCUACAACGACUAUAAUCCACUUUUUGACUGCAAGGAGUUGGAAAAUGACACCAGCUUCCAAGAAGCAAUCAAGAGCAAUCAGGGCAGAAGAGCACAUUUACAACCAAUUAAUGGACACCCUGCUGACUCUACCACAGGGGGGCGACCUUUCACUUCUUCUUCGGGAUGUCGCACUCCUAUGCCGUCAUCAGUAAGUCGACCAAUGACAGCAGCUAUGCAGCAGAGUGGAGCAGCUCGCCCCAUCUCUGCAAUCAGUGCUGCGGGUUAUUCCUCUUCUCCAACACGAUGCCCAACCUUCGAUCCUCUGGGCCAGUCCAGAGGCCCCGCUCCCCCACUUGAAGAAAAGAAGGACGACACGCCCGAGGAGAAGAUCAAGCUCUUGGAAAAGAGCGUGAACGACUUGAUCGCCGAGAGCUGCGUGGCGCAAAGCACCGGCAACUCACAACUGGCUCUGGAGAAGGCCAGAGAGGCCGAAAGGAAGGAGAGAGCGCUGGUGAGACAGAGGGAACUGUCUGGAAACGCAGAACAAAUCAACGUGGAUCUGACCUACGCUGUUCUGCUCAACCUGGCGAACCAGUAUGAAAACAAUGAGAUGUACCCAGAAGCCCUGAGCAGCUACCAAGCAAUCAUCAAGAAUAAGAUGUUCACCAACGCAGGGCGUCUGAAGGUGAACAUGGCCAACAUCUGGGUCAAGCAGAAGAACUACGCCAAGGCCAUCAAGUUGUACCGCAUGGCGCUGGACCACAUCUCCGACGAAUACAAGGAGAUGAGGAUCAAGAUCAUGCAGAACAUCGGCACCUCCUCCGCCCCCCGCGACACCGACGGCAUGAAGAACGCCUUCCACAAGCUCCUCGCCGUGCCUCUCCACGUGCAUCACGAAGACAAGUACAUCACCGCUAACGAUGACAUCAGAUCCAACAUGUUGAUGGAGGUCAUCAAGAACGACAAGCUGCACCAAAUGGAGAGAGACUUGAAAGCGCGCGCCGAGAAGUACGUGAUGACCUCCGCCAAGCUCAUCGCUCCCGCCAUCCAGGCUUCUUUUGCCGCCGGAUUUGACUGGUGCGUGGACUUGGUGAAGAACUCUCCAUAUGUGGAGCUAGCCAACGACCUGCAAUUGAAAAAGGCCAUGACCUUCUUCAGACAGAUGCACUUUGACCAGGCCAUGAAAAUCCUGAAGGAAGUUUCCAAGCAGGACAGCAGAGUCAAAAGCGCCGCAGCCAACAACCUCUCCAGCCUUUUCAUCCUGGAGAAGGAUUACAAGCAGGCCGAGCACUACGCCGACCUGGCCAUGAACGCCGACCGUUAUAACCCGGGAGCCUUCGUGUGCAAAGGCAACACCGAGUUCGUCAAGCAGGACUACGCCAAGGCGGCCGAGUUCUUCAAAGAGGCGCUGAGGAACGACUCCUCCUGCACCGAAGCCCUCAGGAACCUGGGUAACCUCCGAAACCAACUGAAUCGUCUGGAGGACGCGCUGGACUGCUUCCUGAAGCUCCACGCCAUCCUCAGAGACAGCGCCGAGGUCAUGUAUCAGCUGGCCGACAUCUACGAGCUUCUGAAGGACCUCCACCAGGCGGUGGAGUGGCUGAUGCAGGUCAUCAGCGUGGUCCCCAACGACCCCAAGGCUCUGGCCAAGCUGGGGGACUUGCACGACCUGGAGGGGGACAAGUCGCAGGCCUUGCAUUACUACUGCGAGUCCUUCAGGCUGUUCCCCUGCAACAUGGAGGUGAUCGAGUGGCUGGCGGCCUACUACGUGCAGACGCAGCUCUACGAGAAGGCCAUUCACUACUUUGACAGGGCCAUCCUCAUGCAACCGAGCGAGGUGAGGUGGCAGCUGAUGGUGGCCAGCUGUCACAGGAGAAGCGGAAACAGCCAGAAAGCUCUUGAAACCUGCAAAGAAAUCCACCGCAGGUUCCCCGAAGACGCGCAAUGUCUCCGCUUCCUGGUGCGGCUGUGUCAGGACAUGGGCCUCAAGGAAGUCCACGACUACGCCAGCAAACUCAAGAAGGUGGAGAAGAUGAAAGAACUGCGAGAACAAAGGGCAAAGGCAGAGCAAGAAGGAAGUACAAGAAAUAGAAGAACAGACAGUACGGACGCGACGACUGAGAGCUUUCCCAAAGGCGAGCGUGCGGUUGUCCCCGUGAUGUCAUUUCCCGCCUCUGGCGAGCCUUACGAGAGCAGCGGAAGCACCAAAGAACUCGACGCUUCCUACGUGGACCCGCUGGGUCCCCUCGCCAACCAGCCCAAGACCGGUGCCAAGAAGCGGGUGGAUGACGACGUCUUUGCCGGGGAGGAGGUCGGCGACGAGCUGCUGCCAGAAUAGAAAACAACAUCAUCAUCAUCAUCAUCAUCAUCUUCAUCGUCCAGAUUUCGCAUUUUGACGUGGAGUCAUGCAACUCGCCAGCCUGUGAACAUCGUCCAAUCAUCAACUGGAACACUCUGGAUGGUCCCCCCGCC